AAGAGAAACCCUUACAAAAGGACUUGAAUCCCUUCGAACACAACACACACACACACACACACUACAUUAAAUAAUAAAAAUUAAAAAUAAAAAUAAAAAUGGCGAAGAAAGCGAUGGAAGUGGUGAAGUGUUUGGAUGUGGAGAGGUACAUGGGAAGAUGGUACGAGAUAGCUUCGUUCCCAUCUAGGUUUCAGCCCAAGAGCGGCGCCGACACCCGGGCCACCUACACACUCAACCCCGACGGCACCGUACACGUUUUGAACGAGACUUUUUCCGACGGUAAGAGGGGUUUCAUCGAAGGCUCCGCUUACAAGGUUGACCCAAACAGCGACGAGGCUAAGCUUAAAGUCAAAUUCUAUGUGCCGCCGUUUCUGCCCAUUAUUCCGGUCACCGGAGAUUACUGGGUUCUGCACAUUGAUGACGAUUAUCAGUAUGCUCUCGUUGGUCAGCCCACCAGAAAAUAUCUAUGGAUUUUAAGCAGGCAGCCUCGGUUGGAUGAGGAGAUAUACAAUCAGCUAUUGGAGAAGGCUAAAGAAGAGGGAUAUGAUGUCAGCAAACUGCAGAAAACAGCACAAUCAGAAACUCCACCGGAGAGUGAGAGUGCACCGAAAGACACUAAAGGAGUUUGGUGGAUCAAAUCGAUUCUUGGGAAAUAGUAAGCUACAUUGUUGUUAUUAAUACGAGUACGAUCAGUCUUGAGAUAUUAUCAAGUUUCGAUGAAUAAGUGGGGCAUAUGUUUUGAUGUUUUUGUAGUCCGAAUAUCUGUGUUUUGUAUUGUGAAUCUAUGUUGAUGACAAUUCCGCGUAUUUUCAGUUCUUUGAGGUUUUCUUUAUAUGUGUAGUCUUGAUCUGUAUAUAAGAUCCAAGAUUUCCGAGGUUCGGAGCUUGUAAUAUAAUUUGUUUUCAAUUAUGAUUUGUAUAUGUUAUGUAUGUACC